CGCGUUUUCUUGCGACAGGUUCAAUGCACAUUAAGCAGAUUACCAUCCAAGGCUUCAAGUCCUACAAGGACCAGACCACAUUUGACCCUUUCAGUCCUAAACAUAAUGUCAUUGUGGGUCGCAAUGGCUCGGGCAAAAGUAAUUUCUUUGCAGCUAUUCGAUUCGUCUUGAGCGACGCCUACCAGAGUUUGAGCAAGGAAGAACGACAGUCAUUGCUCCAUGAAGGAGUUGGAGCCGCGACUAUUUCCGCUUACGUCGAGAUCGUCUUUGACAAUGCCGACAAUCGAUUCCCUACCGGAAAAGAAGAAGUGGUUCUUCGCAGAAGUAUCGGAUUGACUUUGGACGAAUAUUCGUUGGAUGGCAAAAGUGUAACAAAAUCCGACGUUAUGAACUUGUUGGAAAGUGCCGGAUUUUCGCGCGCCAACCCUUAUUACAUUGUACCGCAAGGAAGAAUUACGUCGUUGACUACAGCCAAAGACGAAGAUCGCUUGCAAUUGCUUAAGGAUAUCGCGGGUACUCGCGUCUACGAACAGAAACGUGGCGAGAGUACUAAGAUUAUGGAAGAAACAGAUGCCAAACGCAUGAAGAUUACCGAAGUGCUUGCCUACAUCCAGGACCGUUUGGCGGAAUUGGAAGAGGAAAAGGAAGAGUUAUCCCAGUUUCAGACCUUGGAUCGUGAACGUCGUUCGCUCGAAUACACCAUUUACGCACGUGAACAGUCGGACGCGAACGAUAAGCUUGAGGAGAUGGACGAGAAGAGAAAGGAAUUGCUGAAAAACAGUGAAACGAAGCGUGAAGAAUAUGCCGAUAAUGAAGCGGCCAUUUCGACACUGGAAACCAGUAUUCGCGAUAUGCAUCAGUCCAUUGAACUGGCGGAAGACGAAAAGAUUGAAUUGAACGACGAUCGGGCCGACUUGAUGAAACGACGUGCCCAAUUGGAAUUAUUGCUGAAAGAUCUCGAAGAUGGACAAAUGUCGGAAGAAGCUUACAAGGCUAAAGUAGCGCAACAGCUGGAAACCAUUGAGCAGGAAAUCAGCACAACCAAAGAAACGUUGGAUCGGUUGUCACCUGAAUAUCAAAGUUUGGAACAAAAGGAUCAAGAAUAUCGACAACAGCUGGAAAGCUUGAAAUCGCAACAAGCUAGUUUACAUGCGAAACAAGCGCGCUUGACCCGAUUUGCAAGCAAAGCCGAGCGUGAUGCAUGGUUGCAAGCUCAGAUUCAAGAUAUUAUGACCAAUGUCCAGACUCGUCAGAAUCAGAUUCAGAUUCUGGAACAAGAAAAGCUCGUCCUUGAGAAGCAGCUUGAGAGCAAGCAGCAAGCGAUCCAAUCCAUCCGUCAAAAGGCAGCUGAACAGCAUGCCGCCCAUCAGCAAUUGGCAGAAGAGGAAAGUCGCUUAAAAACGGCACGAGACGAUGCUACCGAAGAAAGAAAAAAAUUAUGGCGUGAAGAAGCCAAAUUGGAUUCGGUGAUCCAUAAUUGCAACGAUGAAAUUCGAAAGGCGGAGCGCAUGUUGGCCGGAUCCAUGGACAAGAAAACUAGCAGUGGCCUCGCCGCUGUUGCUAGAAUUACAAAAGAGCGUAAUCUUGGCGGUGUAUACGGGCCUCUGUUUGAGCUUUUCAAUGUAGACGAACGAUUUAACACUGCUGUGGAGGCAGCCGCAGGAUCCAGCUUGUUUCAUGUGGUUGUGGAUACGGAUGCUACAGCAACGCAAUUGUUGGAAGCCUUGAAUCAAGAACGUUCGGGUCGAGUCACAUUUAUUCCUCUGAAUCGUAUCAACCAUCAAACAGUCGAUUAUCCUCAAACGACCGACAUCAUCCCUCUCAUUCGAAAGUUACAAUUCGACUCCCAAUUCCAAAAGGCGUUUGAACAGAUCUUUUCUCGAGUAAUUCUUUGUCGAAACCUGGAAAUUGCGGCGAGUUACGCCAAAUCUCACGGUUUGACGGCGGUGACUUUGGAAGGGGAUCGUGUGGAUGGACGUGGUGCGCUGUCGGGUGGUUACAGUGAUCAUCGUCAUUCGCGACUGACAGCAGCGCGACAGUUGAAACUAAAUCAAGAUAAAUUGCAUCAAGAGCAAGCGCGCUUAGUGCAAGUGAAAGCGGAUAUCAGUCGGUUGGAUCAACAAGUGACUCAGGUAUUGGGCGAAUUACAAGUGGUGGAAACCAACAAGAAGAAAUUGCAAGUUCGAGAAGACGCACUGCAAGAUGAGUCGAAAUUAAAGAGAGACGAAACACAUCUCCGCGAACUGCUCGAAACCAAGAAAAAAGCACUGGAUAGUAUUCGUGGCAAUGUGAUCACACUGGAACAACAAAUGCAGUCCUAUCAAGUCGAGUUAUCGUCGGCUCUUUCCCAGACACUAUCUGCCGAGGAACAAGGGCUUAUUCUUCAGCACAGUAAUACCAUCGAGCAAGUCAAGCGUGACAUGCUGGAGGUAUCCAAAGCAAAAUCGGCCGCUGAAAGCGAGAUUAACCGCUUAAGGAAUGCUUUGGAAAACGAUCUGCUACGACGAAAAGAAGAAUUAGUGACCAAACAGGAUCGUGUGCUUGUAACGAGCAACACUGAUGAAUUGGCACGCAAACGCAAAGAUUACCGCUCGCUUGAACGAAAAUUGGGAAGAAUGACCAAGAAAAUCGAAGAACUGGACAACGACAUUGCGAAAAAACAACAGAGUCUCGUCGAAUCCGAUAAAGCACUACAAAAUUUGACGAGCGUGCAAGUCGAAGUUGGACAGACGAUCCGAAUGUAUGAGAAAAGUCUGGAACGUCUUCUGCUCCGUAAAACCUUGCUGUUACAAAAGAAGGAAGAGUGCAAUGCCAAUAUCCGUGAUCUUGGCGUGCUUCCCGAGGACGCUUUUGAGAAAUACGCGAAUCUCAGUGUCGAAAAGUUAUUGCGACGACUCCAUCGUACCAAUGAGUCACUGCAAAAAUACAACCAUGUCAAUAAGAAGGCGUUUGAACAAUACGGACGAUUUACAAAACAGCGUGAUCAGCUCACCGCACGUAAAGCGGAGCUGGAUAAAUCGGCCGAUGCAAUCAGCAACUUGAUCGACUCUUUGGAUCGUAGAAAAGACGAAGCUAUCGAACGCACGUUCCAGGAUGUCAGCAACAACUUUUCCGAGAUCUUUGGUACACUUGUACCAGCUGGUCGAGGCGAACUGGUGAUGAAACACCGGACAGAUGAACAGCCAAAUGAUGGUAUGGAUGUGGACGACGCAAGUACCAAUCAGCAUGGCAUUUUUGAACGAUACAGUGGCGUAUCAAUUAGGGUAUCAUUCAACAGCAAAUCAGAUGAAGGAAUGAUCAUGCAACAGUUGUCGGGUGGACAAAAGUCACUCGUGGCGUUAGCAUUAAUUUUCUCUAUCCAAAAAUGUGAUCCUGCACCAUUUUAUCUGUUUGAUGAAAUCGACGCCAAUCUGGAUGCUCAAUAUCGUAGUGCUGUUGCCGAUAUGAUUCAUGAAAUGUCGCAAUCGGCCCAAUUUAUCACCACCACUUUCCGUCCUGAAUUACUAGCCAAUGCCGAUAAGUUUUACGGCGUCACUUUCCAGGGCAAAGUAUCGCGUAUACACGGCAUUCCCAAAGAAACCGCUUUCAGUUUCGUGGAACAAGAGCAUAUUCAUUAACGAGCUUAUCAAUGAUAAGCAUUCCCAAGCUAUCCUAUCAUUCCCAAACAUGGCGUUUCUUAUCAGAUACA